GAUGCGACCUACCUGCGUCGGACAGAUGAAGAUCGCCGCUCCGGUCGGCGGCGAGAACAGGGAGCGAGCAGGUGACUUGACAGAGGAAUCUCUUUCUAAGAUUGAUGUGAUUGCACCUAUUAAAAUUCUUCAGCAAAUCUUGAAGACACCUCACUCGAAAUCUCGGGUCUCAAUAGCAGUUCAGCGAGCUGGACAUACUAUUGUCUUAAAUCCCGGGCCUGGUGUUGAAGAGAGUGAGAAACUCAUUGGGAAACGUAAGAAUGUAUUGGGCGUUAGCUUUCAGAACUACGCUGAGGCAAGCUUAGGCUUGUCACCCGUUAGCCAACAGGUUACUUCUAAACCCUAA